AUGAUGUUGUACUGUGGAUUGAUGCAGAGCGCGCAAGUGCCACGCCGAGAUCUCGUGUUCAUGAAGGCCUUUGCCCCUUCUGAGCAGUUUCAGAAGCGACUGGCAGCCCAGCUGGAGGACAGCUUUCUGCGCCAGGCAGAACAGUUCGAGAAGGACGGGCUUCUAAUCUUGCCAUCUUAUUUCCAAGGCUGCCUGGAAAAGUGGCGAGGUUGGUAUCAACACACGAUGGAACGUGUUGGCUCAUCCCAGCCAACGUUGCACAUGCAAACCUUUACGGCGACUUCUCACACGAAUGUUGAGCUGAGCAAUGAUGUGCAGGCUGCCGUUGCGGAUCCUUACCUUCUGGCGCUGCUUGCAUACGUUGCUGGUGGCAACAUUCAGUUGUCAGAUUUCCGUGCAGCGACCACACAUCCAGGUGAAGAUAUUCUAUUUCGUGCCUGGAAAUGGCACCGAGAUGGCGGCAAAGAGCCGGAGUGGAAGUUGAUGGUUCUCUUGGAUGAUGUUGCGCCUGGAGGCAGCGAGAUGCACUACCUUAAGGGAUCCAUGCGUCGUUGGAAAGGCUCCCGACAGAAAGAUGCUAAUUUUUCCAUGGAAGACGCUUUGCACAUUGCCUCUGGCGGUUCCAAAGAGCUGCCCGGAAUAACACGGUGCUUUGGUCCUGCAGGCACAGUUAUACUUUUUGCAGGGCAAGGGCUGCACAGGGCAACACAUUCAAAGCUUGCCCAGCGCAGGGUUGUCACAUUUCGCUUCAAGCGAAAUGUUCCACAGUUGGCCCGCAUCUAUCCAUUGGAUGUUGUCAAACAGGACCAGCUAUGCUCCUCCAACACAUUGGUCAGAUCUAUCUUGGUUCGUGGCAGCGGUGAGUUGCUGGCCAGCAGUGAGGAAUGCAGAUUCAUCGACGAGAAAUCGUCGAAGCAAAAGCUGGUUCAAUGUGAGCAAGACACGAGUCCGCAAGAGACUGCUUGUUUGCUCGAUGCCUACGAGGAGAUGAAAACACUGUCUGACUUGAAGCCCAGAGUUCGUUCAGCAGAGUUGGCAGAGUUGCACUCCAAACUGCUUGAAAUUUUCAGUGUGGAUCUCAACUUCGAUUUGGACCUGCCUGUUCGCCAAAACAAUCUGGAUGUGAGCCGGGAUUUGUUACGGGUGCGAUUUCGGUACCUUCGCAGCGGCAGCGAGCAGUUCGUUGAUCUUCUGCAAAAUUUUCGUAUCUGCGCGGAUGAAGGUUUGCAUGAACCGGCAUCGGUCAGCACUCUCCAGCUUUUGGCUGGUCGCCUUGAAGAUUGGUUGAAAUCCUGUAGUUCGGAAUCAGUUGAGCUCAAGCGAGAAGCCGUUGCAUGCCAGCGACUGACAAUGGAUGUCGGAAGAGCGCUGGCUCACCUCGACGAUGUUCAAGGUUUGCGAACCGUGCUUUGCUUCUUAUAUCUUUUACAUGAUCAUGUCAGAAGAGUUUUUCCUGGUUGCCCAAGUUGGGUUGCCCUUGAUCAGCGUAUUCUCUUAUCAACGUACAGCUUUGUCGUGCUGCUUGACGAUGCAGCUGCGAGAUCGCCAGCUGAUAAUGCACGGGGGAUGUCCCACAUUCCCAACCACACUCGGCAGUACCUCUUCAGGGCAAAAGCCCAUCAAAAGACGUGCCAGCCGAUACAGGUACCCAGUUUCGUCCAGAAGUCAGCCGCAGCAGGCGGCUGA